UUUCUCGGCGCUGGAGAGUGUGGGACCAGGGCUGGAGAGACCGCCGGGGAGCAUUAGCAGAACCAGUCCAGCACGGAGCCUCGCCUGGCCGACCGCUGCGCCGUGCACUCUUCUUGGGGGACUGCACAACAUUCCUGUGAAAUAUAACUGCUUUUAAUGGCAUGUGGCUUGUAACUUUACUUCUGCUGUAUUCUUUGCAAGAAGUCAACAGUGAGGAUGUUGUCUCUACGCGGCUGUACUUUGUGAACGCCUCCCUGCAGCGGGUGACCUUCUCCAGCUCGGUGGGGGUGUCCCUGCCCUGCCCUGCGGGCGGCGCCCCCCAUGCCUUCCUGCGCUGGUACCUGGCCGCCGGAGACGACAUUUACGACGUGCCCCAUAUCCGCCACGUGCAUGCCAACGGCACCCUCCAGCUCUACCCCUUCUCCCCCUCCGCCUAUAACAGCAUUAUCCACGACAACGAGUACUUCUGCACUGCUGAGAACCAAGCAGGCAAGAUUCGUAGCCCCAGCAUCCACAUCAAAGCAGUGUUCAGGGAGCCCUACACAGUCCGUGUGGCCGACCAGCGCUCCAUGCGGGGUAAUGUCGCCGUGUUCAAGUGCCUCAUCCCCUCAGCCGUCCAGGAGUACGUCAGUGUGGUGUCCUGGGAAAAAGACACCGUCUCCAUCGUCCCAGGUAACCGUUUCUUCCUGACCUCAUUUGGCGCUCUGUAUAUCUCAGAAGUGCAGAAGGAAGAUGCUCUGUCCACCUACCGCUGCAUCACAAAGCACAAGUACAGUGGAGAGACUCGCCAGAGCAAUGGAGCCAGGCUCUCUGUUAUGGACCCUACGGAGUCCACCCCGUCAGUGCUGGACAGUUUCCAGUCCGGUGAGGUGCAGGUGGGGCACAGUGUGGAGCUGCCCUGCAUUGCAUCCGGAUACCCAAACCCCACCAUCCGAUGGCUGAAGGAUGGUCGGCCAUUACCUGCAGACUCCCGCUGGACGCGGCGCAUCACUGGCCUCACCAUUUCGGAUUUAAGGCUCGAGGACAGUGGCAACUACAUCUGUGAGGUCACCAACAGCUUUGGCUCCAAAGAGGUGACAGGUCACCUCAACGUCAUAGAGCCACUGCGGGUCACCUUGUCCCCCAAGAACUUGAAGACAGGAAUCAGCAGCACAGUCAUCCUAUCCUGUGCCGUCCAGGGUUCCCCGCAUUUUACGGUGUCCUGGUACCGUAACACAGAAUCUGUCCUGCCCGAUCAGCACUUUUCCAUCCAGGGGGCUCACAAUGAAACAUUAUUCAUUUCCGCUGCACAAAAGAGACACUCGGGAGCUUACCAGUGCUUUGCCACGCGCAAGGGCCAGACAGCGCAGGACUUCUCCAUCAUACUGCUGGAAGAUGGUACACCCCGUAUUGUCGCCUCCUUCAGCGAGAGGGUGGUGGUCCCGGGUGAACCGUUUUCCCUGAUGUGUGCUGCCAAAGGAGCCCCCCCUCCCACCAUCACCUGGACCCUUGACGACGAGCCUGUGGCCCGGGACCUGUCGCGUGUCAGAGCCAGCCAGUACACACUCUCAGACGGCAGCACUGUGAGCCACGUCAACGUCAGCAGCCCGCAGAUUCGGGACGGAGGAGUGUAUCGGUGCGCCGCACGAAACUCGGCCGGUAGCGCCGAGUACCAAGCGCGCAUAAACGUAAGAGGUCCACCGAGGAUUCGGCCGAUGAAGAACAUCACUGCGGUGGCAGGGAGAAACUCUUUCAUAAACUGCCGUGUGAUUGGGUACCCUUAUUACUCAAUCAACUGGUACAAGGAAGGGCUUCUGUUGCCUGACAAUCAUCGCCAGGUGGUGUAUGAAAACGGGACUCUGAAGCUCAGCGAUGUUCAGAAGGGGAUGGACGAGGGAGCCUAUGUCUGCAGCGUACUCAUCCAACCACAACUCUUCAUCACACAGACUGUCUACGUUACUGUCAAAGUUCCUCCACUGAUCCAGCCAUUUGACUUUCCACCGACUUCCAUCGGUAAAUUGAUGUACAUCGCCUGCGUGGUGUCGUCUGGAGACAUGCCCAUACGCAUCACGUGGCGCAAGGACGGGCAGGAAAUCGUGCCCUCCUCGGGCAUCACCAUAGACACAAAGGAGUUCAUGAGCUCCCUCCAGAUAUCCAAGGUGUCGCUCAAACACAAUGGGAACUACACCUGCAUCGCCAGCAACGAUGCUGCCACUGUCAGCACGGAGAGACAGCUCACAGUCACAGUGCCUCCUCGGUUUGUGGUUCAGCCCAACAAUCAGGAUGGGAUCUAUGGGAAGGCUGGGAUCCUAAACUGUUCAGUAGAUGGAUACCCUCCUCCUAAGGUCAUGUGGAAGCAUGCCAAAGGUGCACUAGCGGGAAUUGGGAAUCCACAGCAGUACCACCCAGUGCCUCUGACGGGCCGUAUCCAGAUCAUGAGUAACGGCUCUCUACUCAUCAGACAUGUCUUGGAAGAGGAUCGCGGCUUCUACCUCUGUCAGGCGUCCAAUGGCGUUGGCUCAGACAUCAGCAAGAGCAUGGUCCUCACCGUUAAGAUCCCCGCGAUGAUCACCAGUCACCCCAACACUACCAUGGCUAAGAAGGGUCACUUGAAGGAGCUGAACUGCACAGCCAGGGGAGAAUGGCCCAUCAUCAUCCGCUGGGAGAGAGGCGACACAGUCAUUGACCCUGACCGCAACCCCCGAUACUCCAUUACCACCAGUCCCAAUGAGAAGACAGACGAGGUGUUGUCUACGCUCAAGCUAAAGCCAGCAGAGCGUGAGGAUUCAGUCUUCUUUUCCUGUCAUGCCAUCAACUCUUAUGGAGAAGGACGAGGCCUUAUCCAGCUCACUGUGCAGGAGCCCCCAGACCCUCCAGAAUUAGAGGUGCGAGAAGUGAAAGAUCGCAGCAUGAACCUGCGGUGGACACAGAGAUUUGAUGGGAACAGCGUCAUUACCUCCUACGAUAUUGAGUAUAAGAACAAGACAGACACCUGGGAGCUAAAGCAUGCCACUCGAAACAUCUCCCCCACCAACAAUCAGGCCAACAUAGUAGACCUUCACCCUGCCUCUGUCUACAGCAUCCGCAUGUACUCUUACAACUCAAUAGGCAAGAGUGAGGCCAGUAAGGAACUCACCAUCAGCACGGAGGAAGCACAGCCUGAUGGUCCUCCCAUGGAGGUGAUCCUGCAGCCGGUGACCUCUCAGAGUAUCAGGGUCACCUGGAAGGCUCCCAGGAAGGAGCUGCAGAACGGGGUGAUCAGAGGAUACCAGAUCGGUUACAGAGAGAACGGCCCAGGCAGCAACGGCCAGUACAGCAUUGUGGAGAUGAAGGCUACUGGAGACAGCGAGGUCUACACCCUGGACAACCUGAAGAAGUUUGCCCAGUAUGGUGUGGUUGUCCAGGCCUUCAACAGAGCUGGCACAGGGCCCUCCAGCUCAGAGAUCAACGCUACAACGCUGGAAGAUGUGCCCAGCCAGCCUCCUCAGAACGUGCGAGCCAUUUCUGUAACAUCAGACGAGGCAGUGAUUACAUGGGCUGAACCUCCCAGGAUGACGCUGCAUGGCGUAUUGAAGGGAUAUCGCGUCGUGUUCUGGGCUGUUUUUCCUGAUGGAGAAUGGGGUGAAAUGCAAAACAUCACAACCACCAAGGAGCAGGUGGAGCUCAGGGGCCUGGAGAAGUUCACCAACUACAGCAUCCAGGUUCUUGCCUACACUCAGGCUGGAGACGGCGUCCGUAGCAAUGUCCUGUACAUCCAAACUCGGGAAGACUACCCUGGACCCCCAGCUGGCAUCAAAGCUGUGCCCUCCUCCGCCAGCAGUGUCGUAGUGUCCUGGUUACCCCCUCACAAGCCAAAUGGAAUCAUCCGCAAGUACACCAUCUACUGCUCCAGCCCCGGGUCUGGCCAACCGCUGCCCAGUGAGUAUGAAGCCAACCCAGAGCUGCUGUUCUACAGAAUCACUCACCUCAACCACCGGCAGCAGUACUUGAUCUGGGCUGCAGCUGUCACCACUGCAGGUCGGGGUAACUACAGCGACAAGGUCACUGUGGAGCCAGCGGCCAAGGCUCCUGCUAAGAUCCUGUCAUUUGGGGGCACAGUGACUACUCCUUGGAUGAAGGAGGUGCGGCUGCCCUGUAGCUCAGUAGGAGAACCUACACCUACUAUAAAAUGGACCAAAGACAGCGAGGACACAGCCAUCCCAGUGUCUCUAGAUGGACAGCGUCUCAUUCUGGCUAAUGGGACACUGGUGCUGCGCUCUGUCAAAGCUGAAGAUUCUGGUUACUACACCUGCACAGCCACCAACACACUGGGCUUUGACACUAUCAUUGUCAACCUUUUGGUACAAGUCCCUCCAGACCAGCCUCGUCUAACCGUCUCCACCACCUCCACCUCCUCCAUCACUCUGGCCUGGAUACCUGGAGACAAUGGAGGCAGCUCUAUCAGAGGUUUUGUGCUGCAGUACUCGGUAGACAACACAGAGGAAUGGAAAGAUGUGUUCAUCAGUUCUACUGAACGCUCCUUCAAAUUGGACAACCUGCGCUGUGGCACCUGGUAUAAAGUGAAGUUGGCUGCAAAGAACAGCGUUGGAGCCGGACGCAUCAGUGAGAUCAUUGAGGCAAAGACCCAUGGGCGAGAACCCCAGUUCAACAAGGAUCAGCCUGUCUUCACUCACAUUAACUCCAGCCACGCCCGCCUCAACCUGCAGGGUUGGGCCAGUGGUGGCUGUCCAAUCAGUGCUGUCACACUCGAGUUUAGACCAAAAGGUACAUGGGCAUGGCAGAAUGUACGUACCAAUGCCACCACAGAUGUGUUCCUGGCAGAGCUGCGUGAGGCCACCUGGUAUGAGUUGAAGAUGAAAGCCUGUAACAGCGCUGGCUGUGGCAACCAAAGCUCCCAGUUUGCAACACUGGACUAUGAUGGCAGCACAAUUCCACCAAUUAAAUCCCCCCUGGAAAAAAACGAUGACGUCAAGAAGCUGUUUUCUAUUGGCUGUCCUGUCAUCCUGGUCACCCUGGGUGUUGCGCUGCUCUUCAUAAUCCGCAAGAAACGCAAAGAAAAGAGGCUGAAGAGACUCAGAGAUGCCAAAAGCCUUGCAGAGAUGCUCAUCAGUAAAAACAACCGCAGCUUUGACACCCCAGUAAAGGGACCACCUCAGGGCCCACGGUUACACAUCGACAUCCCCAGAGUGCAGCUGCUUAUUGAGGACAAAGAAGGCAUCAAGCAAAUUGGUGAGGACAAAGCCACUAUCCCUGUGACAGACACAGAGUUCAACCAAACUGGGAACCCUCAGAGCUUCUGCACAGGCGUCUCCGUCCAUCACCCUGCCCUCAUCCAGAACACCGGUCCUUUGAUUGACAUGUCAGACAUCAGACCAGGAACCAACCCAGUGUCGAGGAAGAGUGUUAAGUCAGCCCACAGCAUCAGGAACCGCUACUCCAGUCAGUGGACUCUGACCAAGUGUCAGGCCUCCACGCCAGCCCGCACUCUCACCUCAGACUGGCGCACAGUUGGCUCCCAGCAUGGCAUCACUGUCACAGAGAGUGACAGCUACAGUGCCAGCCUCUCACAGGACACAGAUAAGGGUCGGAACAGCAUGGUGUCGACAGAGAGCGCCUCCUCCACCUACGAGGAGUUGGCAAGAGCAUAUGAGCAUGCCAAGCUAGAGGAGCAUCUGCAGCAUGCCAAAUUUGAGAUUACUGAGUGCUUUAUCUCUGACAGCUCAUCUGAUCAGAUGACCACAGGUACCAAUGACAAUGCAGACAGCAUGACAUCCAUGAGCACACCGUCAGAGCCUGGUAUCUGCCGUUUCACUGCCUCGCCACCCAAACCCCAGGACUAUGACCGUGGCAAGAAUGUAGCUGUGCCCAUUCCACACCGCGCCAAGAGUGACUACUGCAACCUACCCCUCUACAUGAAGUCAGAUCCCUUCUUCCGAAAGCAGUCGGAGCAUCAUGACCCAUGUCCAGUGGUUCCACCACGUGAAGCCUCUAUUCGUGGCCUGGCCCAGAGGGCAUACCACACCCAGGGCCGUCACGUGACUAUGGACUCUGCAAAGCAGCAGGCCCUAAGCAUGGGCCACUCUGGCCUCUCCAACCUCACUUCCUCUGGGGCUUCCUCUGGAGGAGCAACAGGGGGCUGUGGUGGAGGUAGUGGGGGAGCGUCUGCUAGCUCUAGCAGCUCCACACUUCCCCAGAGGACUCUCACCAUGCCAGGCUCCUCUGCCUCAGUGGCCCAGAGUGCAGCCGCAGCUGCUGCUGCUACUGCUGCAGCUGCUGCAUCAUCAUCCUCCGGUGCCACGGGAGGGACUCCUGGAGGUGCCUCCUCAUCCUCCUCCAAGAUGGGAGGAUCCAGAGACUCUCUUCUGGAGAGCAGCUCCUCGGGUUUAGGCAGACUGCAGAAGCAGAGGGAUGGAGGGGCAGGGGCCUACUCCAAGUCAUACACACUGGUGUAGCCUGCCAUCACUGCGGCUUGUCACUGUAACUCCUAAUAGAAUGCUGGUCAAGCCAGCGCUUGCCUGGAGCCUCUAUGGAAAAGUGGGAUGAGGAACAUACACAUACACAGCUGACCCGUCAGUGCCUGCGCUGUGCCAGGCUGCAGGGGGCUGGUUGGGUUCCCAUUGACACUACUGUAUGAAGGGGUCAGAGUUGGGUCUCCACAGCACAGGGGUUUGCCUUUCUUUCUGCCUGAUUGCUUUCUAUUAUUAUUGUGUCAUCUUUCUCUAUCCCUAAUUUCAUCACCCCGGACAUCACUUGCCAAAACAUAAAUGAUUUAUCUGUUCACUUCAUAUUUUCAUUUUCUGGUAAGGACACAGUACUAAUGCACAAAAUGCUUUCCACGUGCACUGUCUUGUUUUCUGGAUCAAGACAGUCGUAGAAUGAACCAGGUUGCUUGAGUUUUUGAGGUUUUUAGGUUUUUAAAUAUGUUAAUUUUCUGUUCUCUGAUGGAAGAAGAGCUCAUAUCACAGCAUUGUGCCAUGGCAGGAUGCUUUUACUGUAUGCAUAAACCACCAACCUUGGUGUUACACUGGCUCUGAGAGGUUACUCCAUCAUGGAUUCACACAUUAGAGGCAGUGGAAGGACUGUCGUCUCAAUACCAGUUUUGAGAUGUGGAGAAUUUUCUUAUUCAUGCAAUGGAUGACACAGCAUAGUGGUCUUAAUUGAUGCUUUUAUAAACAGACUCAAAUCAGAGGAAAAAAAAAAAAGUCAAGCAUCAUCAAGUGAAAGAUGAAUCCAAACUUUUUUUUUUUCCAUCAGUUUUCUGUUUAUUUUCUGAUGAUGGAAAUAUAAUCUCAUGUGCACUAAGAAAAUGUUAGAAUGGAUCCAAGUAACAGAAACCUUCACAAGCCUGCGUGUGUGUGCGUGUGGGUGUAUAUGUGUAAAUAUAUAUAUGUAUACAUGUGGCAGGCACACACCAACAGUGGACCUUUUUAAAAUCAAUCUGUAUGCUGACCUCUCGGGCAGAUGUCUGUGUCAUAACUGAAAUUCCCCCGCCCUCUUCACUGUUAAUUUUGUACCUGUGAAAGGGGAUUCGGGGAUAGUAACAAUGAUGAUGCUGACAAUGUAACACUAUGAUCCUAAUUUGGACCAGCAUUUUGAACUUUGUUUUAUUAAGAGUGAUUGACAGCAUUGCUUAGGACGAGAAAUUUUGAAUAGGGAGUGGGUUCAAAGGAGAGCAAUUACAGAUGAAAGAGGUUCAUUUCUUUUGCUUCCUCAGAACAAAGGAAGAUACCCUUUUAUGAUCCACCAUGGCGCCACAAUGCCAUUAUUCUUUAACUCAUUUUACCUGUACCCAUUUUACCCAUUUCUAUCCUUCCCCACCUUCACUCCUACGCACCCAGUCCCCCAUCAUAUCCAUACAGUGUCACUGUGACCUACUGCUAGCGUACCGGCUAGUUGAAAAGACAGACAGACUGAGAGAAGAGGUCUAAUAUGCACAGACAGGCAGAAAUGCUACUUGACGUUCAAUGACAACUUGACAAGUUGCAAACAUGCAGCAAAUUUAUUCAGAUGAUGUAUUCAAGAAAAAUCAUAUUUGUAUGAAGUGAUCUUGAAUUUAUGACCGGACAAUGACUUUGAGAUUAUUGACAGAGAGAGAUCAAGUGUUGAUAGAGUUUGCAGUUGUAUUAGGGAAACGGGGAGAGGGGGGUUACAUAGCAGAGAGAAAUAAGUGGUCUUCAAAACGAAAAAAUGUGUUUUCAAGUCCCUCCACCUCACUGAAAUUUAUUUUAGCUUUAUGCAUGGUACUGUAUCUGCCAACUUUGAGUUCAUUAUGAUUUUUUUUCCCAUUUCUUCUCCCAAAGCUUAAUCCCAUAACAAAGAUCGUUCCAAAAAGAGUUGCUCCAAAUGUUUUGCAAUGGUAAAACGUAACAUCAGGGCUCUCGCAAUAGAAAAAAAGAUAUGAUAUAUGUUUGUUUUCAAAAGUAUGUACAUAUAUAUUUCUAUUCAAAUAUAUAGCAAAUAUAUGAAUAUUGAAAAAAGCAGAGAAAUAUAAAAGCCGUUCUAAUUGAAAAUAUAUAUAAAAGAUCACAAGACAAUCGCUCAGAGUGAAAAAACUGCAAGAAGGAAGGAAGAAAAAGAAGAGGAAGGCUUAAACGGGUAGCACAACCAUGGACGGGAGAUCUUGGAGAGACAGGAGGCGGUGUGAACGAAAGUUAAAUGGUGAAACUGAGGUUUGAGGAAUGAUACAAUGACCCCCCCCUUGUGAUUUUGUAAAUGUUCCGGCUGCAGCACCUGUGCAGCGGGUCGCAGCUGGGAGGACAAGCACAGUAAAGUCAAACUAUAGUGUGAGAUUGUGUCGCUGGUUAACUGUGGUCUAUGGCUCAGUGCAGAAAGUGUGGUGUUGAAAAAGAAAACCGUAAAACAAGGACAGCCUAUACAGUAAGUGAGCCUAUUGUAAUAUGUUGUGUUGUACCUUCCAAAGGUGUGUUCACAAACUCAAUGCCAUUACCUGACUAUUAUUAAUGAAGACAAACAGACCGACGAGUAUUUCUGUUUCUUAUCUGUGUCAUAGCGAGUCCUGCCCAAACUCCGGGACUGCAGGCCAAUAAACAUACCGCACAGUAACAAUUAUAUCUCCUCAUAUACGUAUUAAUGCUCCCUUUAAGUUUAAAACUAGACAGGAGAGAAAUUAAUUUAGCUUUCCGUUGCUACUGGUUAUGAUGCCUUUCCUUUUGGCCUUUAUGUUUCAAGAACUUGUUUUCAGUAAAACAAGGGUUUGGGAAUGGGGUAGGCCUGUUUUAGCAACCAAAAACAGAGGCUUCCUUACUCCAGUUGUAUGGAUAUUGGAUGGAGUGAUGAAACAAACUCCUGUCCGACCUGCUUUCCCCCAAUUCUUCAGUGAAGUUGCCUCUACUAUAAAACACCGAUCUGCUGUCAGUUUGCUCAAAGUGUAUGUGAUGUAUACCUUUAAAGAAAAGUCCACCUUCUGACACUUUUUGAUCGUAACAGAGAAUAUUAACAAUAUGUAACAUUUAAAACAGCGGUUUUACAUUUCGGGAAAGAUGCAUAUUUGCAUUUUUGCUGAGCGUUACAUAAAAAUAUUCUGUACAAAAAAGUGUAAAAAUGUUAAGGUGUGGUUCAGCCAGGCUUGUCCUCAUUGUGAGGUUGCCAGGCAACCAGCAGACACUUUGCAUGGAUUAAACAAUUUAAAUAUGACGUGUUAAUUAGUGAGCUCUGUGGUUCUUGUUACCUACGAACAGAACCAAGCUAGCUAUUCCAAUCUUGUUAUCUUACUCUGUAGCAAAUAAUCAUAUUUCCCGAAUGUCAAAUUAUUCCUUUAAUUUUUUCCCAGUACAUAUUUUAAAUAUUAUAUAGAGUAUUUUUUUGUAUUUUUGUGUAUUGAAUUCUAAACAGCCUUAUGUGAACUUCACACAGUAUUGCAGGAGUACUUUGGUGAACAAUCCUGACUUCUGGACUUUGUUUGUGUCCUCCUACAAUCAUGAAAUAUUUUUUAGGCAACAAUUAAAUAAUUCCAGAUGUUGACCCUUUUUUGGUUUGCUUUUGAGGCUAUUUGCAAACCAUACUGCUGUGUGGAAUUAGUCACCAUACUGUACACCAGUGCUUUAUAGCACAGUACUUUCCCCCCUUAUUGAAUGUGGUAGCAUGCUGAUGUUUUGGCAGCAGCCUGUCUUAACAUUAGGACAUACAUCUGCCAUAUUUCAAUGACUAAUGGUUAACUUAGGGUGGAUUUUUUUCUUAAUAUACAACAACAUACUUUUCAAACUGACUCAGACUGUGUUCAUGAGGUUAACUUCACAUGCGCUACUUCCCCAACCUUUCCCACAUCUGCUCAACCAAUCAGAUCUUCCCCUCUCACUGUACCCCUUGUCCACAUAUACAACAUUAUUUCUACUCCAUAAUAGAAGACUCGUGUACAUAGGAAAGUGUUUUGUAUAAAUGAGUACUAUUUUCGACAUCUUCACUAGAAACCAGGGCACAAUGUAAACUUUGAACUGAAGUUAUUGUAAUGAAACAGAAGAGGACUUAAUGAAAAACUAUAGAAUUAUACAGACACUGCUUUAUCUUGAUUUAUGGACCAGUUGAAACAUGUCAGAGUGGACCAUGCAUAGUUAACAACAAUAUUUAUUUCUUUUUUUACAGGACAUUUGGUUGCAUUGUCUCCUUUUUUUAAAUUAUUUUUUUAAUCCUUUUCUUUUUUUCCUUUGUCACAGGUUGCUUGAUUUAGAGUUUGCCUUUUUUUUUUAACUACUCCACUUUUUUGGGGGAGGACAGCAGCAUUGCAUGUUCUGAAAAUUUUGCUGGUUAUAAAAGAAAAUGGGAAAUGGUGAAUUGAACAAUUUAAAAAGGGGGUUAAUUAAAACAUUUUAAAAAUGCAGAGGUUGUUCCUUAAACUUUUAUGGGGAAACAUUGCUUCAAUUUGCAAUUGCUUGUGUUUAACUCUACAUUUUCUUUUCUAUGAAAACAAACAAAAACAGAAAAAAGAGUACUCAACACCUUGUGCAAUAAAGCUAUCUUUUUAUGAA